CCGGAAAAGUAAACUUCAGCCAUAACCAAAAAAGAAUUAAAAGUCUGAUCCGUCCACUUGUUUCUCGGCGGUGGUCCACCUUCGUAUCCGCUGUCUCCGCGUCAAAACUUCUUUUUACUUUCAGUAAUAAAAUUGAAAUCGAGCUGAGAUCCUCCCUCUCGAUUAUCUCUCUUCUCUAUUCAACAAAGCUUAAGAUCUUUGAAUAGGAUAUUAAAUACUUAUUUUAUUAGCAGGAGGAGUGCUCGAGUACUUGCUCACGACUAAGUUACUUUCUUCCCCUCUUCUUAUUCAAGUCUUUCUUCCUUUCACUAUCUUCUCAAAUUCUCAAAUGCCUCUCAUCUCAAGUUGGCUGGCACGACUGGACCGCGUUGAACCAUUCCGACAGAUUUGUUAAUUACAAAGUAUAUUUUUCUUCCGUCUGUUCUUAUAACCCGAAGAUCUGAGUUUCUUCUGAUUCUCUCUUCCCUCUGUCACGUACUCUUAAGGAAUAUGAUUGGAAAUUCAAGAUUUCCUCGGAUUUGAAAUUUUGAAAACUACAUAAAAGCUCUUCUUUUAAAGGGAUCUGCCAAGAAAUGGCAUCAAAUAAACAUUUCAGUAAAAUUCCAUCAAACCUAUCAAACAACUCCGAUGCCACCGAUCCACCAAGACCUUACGUUCCCAACACAGUCACAUUCGCCCGAAGAACCAACUCCGGCCGCUAUGUCAACUACUCCAGAGACGACCUCGACAGCGAAAUUGGCAGCGUCGACUUCAACAACUACACCGUCCACAUGCCUCCGACGCCAGACAACCAGACAACAGACCCUUCCAUAUCCCAAAAAGUCGAAGAGCAGUACGUCUCCAACUCCAUGUUCACCGGAGGAUUCAACAGCACCACCAAGGCUCACCUCAUGGACAAAGUGAUCGAGACCGAGACCAACCACCCGCAGAUGGCUGGCGCUAAAGGAUCCUCCUGCGCCAUCCCUGGCUGCGAUGCUAAGGUGAUGACCGACGGGAGAGGCCAAGACCUUCUCCCUUGUGAAUGUGACUUCAAAAUCUGUAGAGACUGCUUCGUGGACGCGGUUAAGACCGGCGGUGGGAUUUGCCCCGGGUGUAAAGAGCCGUACAAGAACACGGAUAUGACCGACCAGGGUGAUCAGCAGAGGCUUCCCGGGGGUGAGGGCGGCGGGUCGAAGAUGGAGAGGAGACUGUCGUUGAUGAAGUCGAAUAAUAAGUCGGCUAUGGUGAGGAGUCAGACCGGAGAUUUUGAUCAGAACCAGUGGCUGUUUGAGACCAGUGGGACUUAUGGUUAUGGGAAUGCGUUUUGGACUAAGGAUGGGAACUUUGGGAGCGGUAAGGAUGGGGAUGGUGAUGGUAUGGAGACGCAGGAUUUGAUGAGCAAGCCUUGGAAGCCACUUACUAGGAAGCUGAAUAUUCCUGCUGCUGUUCUUAGUCCAUACAGGCUUUUGAUAUUGAUCCGUGUGGUUGUACUUGCAUUGUUCUUGUCUUGGAGGAUAAAGCAUCAAAACCAAGAUGCUAUAUGGUUAUGGGGAAUGUCUGUAGUUUGCGAGCUUUGGUUCGCCUUCUCUUGGCUUCUUGAUCAGCUCCCUAAGCUAUGCCCCGUUAACCGUUCCACUGAUCUCCAAGUCCUUAAGGAGAAGUUCGAAACCCCAACACCAAGCAACCCGACAGGAAAGUCAGACCUUCCUGGUCUCGAUGUGUUUGUCUCUACAGCAGAUCCCGAGAAAGAACCUCCUCUGGUCACUGCCAACACCAUUUUAUCGAUCCUAGCUGCUGAUUAUCCUUGUGAGAAGCUUGCUUGCUACGUAUCAGAUGAUGGAGGAGCGCUUCUCACGUUUGAAGCUAUGGCUGAAGCUGCUAGCUUUGCAAACAUUUGGGUUCCUUUCUGUCGUAAACACACGAUAGAGCCGAGGAACCCUGACUCUUACUUUAGCUUAAAGAGAGAUCCUUACAAGAACAAAGUGAAACCUGACUUCGUCAAGGAUAGGAGACGUGUUAAGCGUGAGUACGAUGAGUUUAAAGUCAGGAUUAACAGCUUGCCUGACUCCAUCAGGAGACGUUCUGAUGCUUAUCACGCAAGAGAAGAGAUUAAAGCCAUGAAGAUGCAGAGGCAGAACAGAGACGAUGAGCUUUUGGAGCCUGUUAAGAUUAAGAAAGCUACGUGGAUGGCUGAUGGUACUCACUGGCCUGGAACUUGGUUGACUUCUGCUAGUGACCACGCCAAAGGUGACCACGCCGGUAUCAUUCAGGUGAUGUUGAAGCCACCUAGUGAUGAGCCACUACAUGGAGACUCCGAAGGUUUUAUUGAUCUAAACGAUGUGGACAUUCGACUCCCUCUCCUUGUUUAUGUCUCCCGUGAGAAACGUCCUGGCUAUGAUCACAACAAGAAGGCAGGAGCCAUGAACGCACUAGUAAGAGCUUCUGCCGUCAUGUCAAACGGAGCAUUCAUACUCAAUCUCGACUGUGACCAUUACAUAUACAACUCCGAGGCAAUGCGAGAAGGUAUGUGCUUCAUGAUGGACCGAGGAGGCGACCGUCUUUGCUACGUUCAGUUCCCGCAACGGUUCGAAGGUAUUGACCCCUCUGAUCGAUACGCUAACCACAACACUGUCUUCUUUGAUGUCAACAUGAGAGCUCUCGAUGGGCUUAUGGGCCCGGUUUACGUCGGAACCGGUUGUCUCUUCAGGAGAAUAGCUCUUUACGGGUUCGACCCGCCUCGGUCCAGAGAACGUUCCUCUGGCUGUUGCGGUUGUUGUUUCCCUCGUGGUAAGAAGAAGAAGAAUCACAUCCCUGAGGAGAACAUAGCUCUGCGGAUGGGUGAGUAUGAUGACGAGGAGAUGAGUCUUUACUUAGUCCCCAAAAAGUUCGGUAACUCGACGUUCCUCCUCGACUCCAUCCCCGUUGCUGAGUUCCAAGGCAGGCCUUUGGCGGACCACCCGUCUGUAAAAAACGGGCGGCCGCCCGGCGCGCUCACGAUUCCUCGUGAGCUUCUGGACGCGUCCACUGUAGCCGAAGCUAUCGCUGUUAUCUCGUGCUGGUACGAGGAUAAGACCGAGUGGGGGUCCCGUAUCGGCUGGAUCUACGGGUCGGUCACGGAAGACGUUGUGACGGGCUAUAGAAUGCAUAACCGUGGGUGGAAGUCAGUUUACUGCGUGACGAAGCGGGAUGCCUUCAGAGGCACGGCACCUAUUAACUUGACGGAUAGGCUUCACCAGGUUCUCCGUUGGGCUACCGGAUCUGUUGAGAUCUUCUUUUCGCGUAACAACGCGCUUCUCGCUAGCCCUAAGAUGAAGAUCCUCCAGAGAAUCGCUUACUUAAACGUCGGUAUCUACCCGUUUACAUCGAUCUUUCUUAUCGUAUACUGUUUCCUCCCUGCUCUGUCUCUCUUCUCUGGUCAGUUCAUUGUCCAGACGCUUAAUGUCACGUUCCUCGUCUACCUUCUCAUCAUCUCCAUCACUCUCUGCUUACUCGCCUUGCUGGAGAUCAAAUGGUCGGGGAUUUCACUAGAAGAGUGGUGGAGAAACGAGCAGUUUUGGCUCAUUGGAGGAACAAGUGCUCAUCUCGCAGCUGUACUUCAAGGUUUGCUCAAAGUCAUAGCUGGAGUUGAGAUCUCAUUCACUCUCACUACCAAGUCUGGAGGAGAUGACGUGGACGACGAGUUUGCGGAUUUGUACAUGGUCAAAUGGACUUCGCUUAUGAUCCCUCCUAUAACGAUCAUGAUGGUGAAUCUGAUAGCUAUUGCGGUGGGAUUCAGCAGGACGAUUUACGCUGUGGUUCCUCAGUGGAGUAAGUUGAUAGGAGGAGUGUUCUUUAGCUUCUGGGUGUUGGCUCAUCUUUAUCCUUUUGCUAAAGGGUUGAUGGGAAGGAGAGGGAGAACGCCGACGAUUGUUUAUGUGUGGGCUGGUCUUAUUGCUAUUACGAUCUCCCUUCUUUGGGUUGCUAUUAAUCCACCGGCUGGUAAUACUGAGAUCGGAGGGUCUUUCAGUUUUCCAUGAUAGGUUUUGGUUGGUUGAAUCGUUGAGUGCUUCUCAAGAAAAGUCACAUUCGUUUAUUAUAUUUUUUUGUUAUUUCUGUCUGAUUAGGACAGAGAUCGGCUAAAUAUAGUUUGAACGAGACGAGUGAAUGUACUUACCACUUAGUUUCUGUCGUUUUUAUUUUUCUUGUUCUCUCGUUGUAUCAUUUAUAAAUUAUAACAUAUGUUUUUUUUUCUCU